UCCUCUCUGUGAUGUUGCUGAAGAUGAUGUGAGGCUGUGGAGGACCAAUCACUGGGGUAGAGGGGUGUGGCCAGAGUAGGAGCUCAGAGCUGAUCGAUGCUCAGAGGACUGAGGAGGAAGAGAUCACAGGGAGGUAGAGGAGGGUGGGGGAGGCCUUGUCCGAGCAGAGGAGCGUCCGACGGUGGAUUAAUAAAGGAGGAGGAGGAGGAGGGAGGAAGCUGUCGCUAACAGAGGAGGAACCACCUGUGCUGUCAUGGACAAAUACCGACCAAAGAGACCAACCAGCCUGAAUCUGUUCCCUCAGCUUCCACAAGCCGGCAGCCAGGACUCCAUCAACAACAACUCUUUGGGUAAAAAGGACAGCUGGAAGGACUCCCAUUCCUCCUCCCCACACAUCACCGGAGACCCAGCUCCUCAGGAUGCCCAGCCCAAAGCAGAGGACAAAGUCCGGCCUGCAGCUCAGCGCCGGCCGGCACCAAAACCGCCCACAGCCAGCGGGUCAAACGGCAGAACCAAUGGUCAGACUGCUGCCUCAGCUGCAGACGCACGGGUUCGACCACGAGAAAGGCAGCCGCCUGCAGCCACGCAGCCCUGCAGCACGCCCAGGAGUCAGAGGAGAGCCGGAGGGGGAGGAGGUGGGAGAGGGGGCGGUGGAGGAGGUGGGAGAGGAGGCGGGCGAGGAGCAAUGAGGGAGAAGAAUCAGGGAGAGCUGAGAGGUACCGGGACGGAUCGGAGAGGAGGACGGCUGUGUGAGGACAAGGCCAAGGACAAAGACAAGAACGGACAUCAGAGGCAGAGGGACGGAAACGGGCCGAGAGGCCGGGCGGCUGAGGGGAGAGGAAGAGGAGGGACGAAGGUGAGCAGCAGAGGAGGAGUGGGCAUCAAAUCCAACAACAAGCUGACCAAUCAGGAGGUCUACCUGCCUGCCAUGGUGGUCCCGCGCACACCUGUAACAGCCAGAAGCCAGGAGAAGAGCCAGAACCAAGGUCAAAACCAUGAUAGAACCCAGGAGAACCCUCCUGCUGCUCUGUCCCGGUCCAGCAGCGAGGGGGGGUCAAACAGGAUGUCCCUGAGCUCAGAUACAGAGGGGCCCCCUCCGGGGCCUCUGCAGCCACCUCUUUCCUGCAGAACCAACCCAGACAUCCGUGAAGAGGACGGAGAAGGAGAACCGACCCCCUGUGCUUCCGUCCAGAAACACCACAGCUGCUCCAUGGCGGGCACAGACAAACCAGAGGCGGGCCCAGGGGGGGACAAAGUGGGUGUGGAGAUGGACCGGAACCAGGCGAAGAGUGAGGCAGCAGCCGGGCUCAAUUAUGACUCGGUGAAAUACACCCUGGUGGUGGACGAGCACGCUCAGCUGGAGUUGGGGAAGCUGAAGGACUGCCUGCAUGGUCACUCUGAGCACAACGAGGACAGCGACACAGAGACCGUCUACCAGUCAGCCAAUGAGGAGGAGGACCCCGAGUAUGAGGAGGAGAGGAGGAAGAGCGAGGAAGCACGGAAAUUAGAGAGAAGGAAAGAGGAGGAGAAACAAAGGAAAGAGGAGGAGAAGAGAAGAAAAGAAGAAGAAGAGGCCAAGAGAAGGAAGGAGGAGGAUUUAAAGAGGAGGAGGGAAGAGGAGGUGAAGAGAAGGAGGGAAGUCGUAGCCGUUGCCAGGGUCUGCAAACAGUCCAAAGUCUCGUCGGCCACGACUUCAGAAGAAGAGGAGUCUAAUGGAGGAAGAGGUCCGAGAAGCAGGAAGUUCCUCAACCUGUUUUCCGCCAGCAGCAGCAGCCCGUACUGCUCCACAGGUGCCGGCUCCUUUGGCUUGUUCUCCUGCCUUCUGGAUGGAGUGGAGAGGCAGCAGAGCCAUCGGGCUGUUUACAGGUUUGUUCCCCGCCACGCAGACGAGCUGCAGCUGGAGACGGACGACCCGGUUCUGAUGCUGAAGCAGAGCGAGGACCUGUGGUGCCAGGGUUACAACAUGAGGACCGGGGCCACCGGCAUCUUCCCGGCCUUCUACGCUGUCAGGGUCUCCAAAGACGGGAGCCAUGCCCGGAAUGACGGCUGGACGGAGCCAUUCGUGGUCCGGUUUCUGGGCUCGGUUCAAGUUCCCUUCCACAUGGGAAAUGAUGUCCUGUGUUCAGCAAUGCAGAAGGUAGCGUGCAACAGACGGUCAGCGGGUCAGCCGCCGUCGGCCUGCGUGCUGGAGGUCAGCGUGAAGGGCGUGAAGAUGAUCGUUCAGGACCAGUGCCACUCUGCUCACAGGGGAGACCAGUGUUUCCAUUUCUUCCAGUUGAAGAACAUCUCAUUCUGUGGCUGCCAUCCCAAACACAGCAGGUACUUUGGAUUCAUCACCAAACAUCCUGACCAGCAGCGCUUCGCCUGCCACGUCCUGAUGUCAGACACCUCCCUACAUCCUCUGGCAGAGUCGGUCCGGAGGGCGUUCCAGCAGUACUACAAGGAGCACAUCGGAUAUUCCUGUCCCACCGAGGACAUCUUCAUUGAAUGAACCCUCCUCUUCCUCCUCUGGCUCCUCCACAAAACUGAAGACUCACUCUGUGCAUGUAAGCCUGGUCUUACACCCGGACAGCAUAUCCUGCCUGCAUGGUGGGUUUUUACUGAGUUUGCUGCAUCAAAAGAGACGGCCAGGUCCAUCUUUAAUUGCCCGGGUGACCAGGAGAAUCCCUCUAUGAUGGACACAACCAAAACAACUUAACACACCGAAAUGUCCCCAACAGUCACUUUAUAGUCAUGCAUUUAUUAACAGAAAAUAUUUACAUGUACCCAUAAUUAGAUAUUGUAUUCAAUAAAAUGAGCGUUGACAUCCAACAUUUAGAGAUGAUGGGAACCACAGAUGAUCACUUUAACAGAGAGACACAACCUCUAGGAAGAGGCUAAAAGUGUUCAACUCACAGAAGAACACAGCUGAGAUACCAACAAAGACCACUAGAUGGCAUUAAAACAACUGCAAACAUCGGUUACACCGGGGUGAAGAAGACGAGGCGUCCAGACAGAAUCACAAAUAAACAGAAAAAAUACCAAAGGCCCAAAUAAAGCUGGUGUAGUUUGAAGGCCCUCAAUGAUCGAAAGGCAGCGACAACAAUUGUUUUACGCUUUAACUCUAUUAAAUCACCGAGAAACAAUCUUUCAUUUUAGAGUGGCUUUUAUUCAGCCAAACUGAAAGGUUCUCCCUGUGGAAGGCAUCCAGACUUUGACUAGGCCACUCCCUUCAUUUUAUUUAUUUCAAUUAUUCAUACAUCUCCUCCAAUGUAACUAAGGUUUUAUGGACUGAUGGUCAGAAUCUGCUGGUAAGGAGCAGAAGUUAUGUUUCUGUCACUUACAGCAGGUCAUUCUUGUGAUCUGAGACGCAUUCCUGCGGCGCAGAGUACCGUCGCUCCCGUCUUUGGGUCAUUCAGAUGUUUCUUGGCAGAUGUUAGACAGAUGUUCAUGCUGAUUUUGGUUCUGGACAAGCUGGUUUAGCCUGUUUUGGGGCUCUUGAUGAGUUGAAGUCCUCUUGGAGUAGUUUUAGUAGGGCGACCCCUCGGGGAAGGGUUCGCCUCUGGUCCUUGUUGCACCUCACUGAGGUUCAAUGAACUCCUGAAGCGUUAAAUAGUGCUUUGCAGCACUUUCCAGGCCGAUGGACGCCAGUGACUCUGUUUCUCAUCUGUCUGGAGGUUCUUUACAUCUGCACUGGAAAAACUAUCUAAAAAUGAGCAAAAAUUUCUUUAAUUAAGUGAAUUUACUCUUAAUUUGAGUAGAUAAAUGAGAUGAUUUGCCAAUGGAAUGAGUAUUUUUACUCUUAAAAUUAGAU